CGGCCGCGGUGAUUUCACAUCUGCCCCAAUGGCUUCCUCGCGCUUCGUGCAGCAGCUCGGCCAAUCGUUGCCAAAGGGUGUGAAGCUCUCAGUGCGGCACGUAGCUUGUCCUCCAACACCUUGCGAGCCCAUCUUCUCACCUCUUCCAGGUGAGGGUCCAGAGCCUACCAAAUGCGAGAACCACUUCCUUGCGGUGUCAAUUAGACCCGAGGAAGCUUCUACUGACACUGACAGCGAUGUCGAAUUAUUGAUACUCUCUAUUGAGGUUCUGGUGUACACCACUCGGCGGCUUGCUACCGUCUUUGUGUCUAAGGCCGACUCGACUGGCUAUCUCUACCUUCUAAACCAGCCGCGAGCAAAGUCGUUGACUAGAACCGUUUUCACCGUGUUUCUCUCUUCUCUCCUACGUGAGUAUCAGCGUCCAGGUAUUCGGCUUGUACUAUCUCUCUUCGCAAGGGCCCAAAGUCAGUAUUUGUUUCCUGGCAGCAUAGAGAAUGUGCGCAAACACGUCCUCGAUGAUCGUGGCUUGAUCAAAUGGUGGUGUCGCGUCUUCGACCCGAUCCUACGCGAUUUCGAGCCAGAAAAACACACCACAAACAAAUCAGCCCUGAAGGGGGAAGAACCAGACCAUGCUGAAGCUGUGAACACCACAGCCACCGCAUAUCUCAUUGUUCCCGGCCUCGACCAGCAUGAAACCAGAGCGCUGUUUCCCUCCACAGCAAGGCUUGAUCCUAAGGACAAACCGCGUUGGUUGAAUAGCCACCCGCUUUAUCAAGUGUGUGCGAACCCUGGAGCUCCUCCGCGAUGCCUCGUCCCUCGUUUUCCGGACGACCCCAAAGCGAGAUUCCUUGACGACCUCGAUGAGGAAAUAUUUGCCUCGUUUCAAGACCACGCCGCUACCGGACGGUGGCCAAGUGUCAAGUCUCUCGAAGAGUUCUGGGAAAUGAUGACGUUCAGACAAGAAUGCUCUGCAGGGAGACUAGUUGGGUUCAUAUGGAUGGUUGUUAAUCCUCCAGGUGUUUUAAAGUCAGAUGGGCUGGACAAAGUCGCUUCAGCGAGGACAGGUGAUCUGAUAGAGGGAUCUGUUAAUCCCGGACUCGAAUCAGUUGAAUUGGAGCCACAAACUACUCUUCCUAUUCGAUCGUCUACUGAUCGAAAUGGUGGUACCGUGUUAUGUAAUGAUGAACGUGAUGACAAGGCCCUUUCUCAAACAGAGGACACAUCGGCACCGAAAGCUAAGGAGCUCAUCACGACGGAAACGGGCCACCAGAUUAGUCCAUUUUCUCAAGACAAGUACACCAUCCUUCUCAACCCUGAGAACUACGCCGCAUUAUCUGCUCUUCUACUAAAACUCGACUUCGCCGACAAGGGACUUGCGUUGACCAGCACAAAAUCGUGGCUUGAUAAACUCUCUUCGUUAUCAGGGCGAAGUGACCAUGGCGAGAUAGUAGCCGGUAUAAAUGAGCAACCGUCAGCGUCAGCGGAACACCCGGCAGAUCCGUCAAAUCCGCUGAAUAGUGGCCUGAUAUUCAAGAAACGCAAGCUUCAUUCGGACACCGAUUCAGCUUCAAUGCCUACGCAGCAGGAAUCUAAAACCUCUGUGAAUGUUUUGAGUGCUACGCUGAUACGAAAGAAAAAGAAAACUGGCUAGAUCACUGAUGGCGUCCGUGGUCGUGAAAAUACGGCACGUUUUAUGUCAAUUUUUUCGCAAAAUAUUCUACGAUGGGUUCUUACGACGGAGUUCUUUCACGGUUAGGCAUGGAAAGGGAUGCCUGGGGGCUUAUGGCGCAAGACUGUGUCUGGAAUCCGAACUGCAUUUUAUAAAAAGGGCUUCGGACACUUCGGCAAUAAUGUCUGAAAAUGCUCCGAACACCCGACUUCGUGAGGUCUGGAGAAGGGCCAUAUUACGAUAAUUGUAUGGAGAAAUUCCCCCCCCGUACUCCGUACAGGGUAGAGAAAUUAACAAGAGCAUAAACAUACUCACAAAAUCAG